AUGCUCCCUCCCAAAAAACCCCGGGCUCCACGGUCCCACAAUGCGCCGUCGCUGAGCACGACGUCCGGCCAGAGAUUCCCUCUGCGACGGAGUCUCAAAGUGGCUCAGUCGCUGCCGACGGUGCCUUCCGAAGACGGAAAAGAGGACGAUCUGAUCCUUCCCGAGCAAUCCGUUGACUUUGACUUUCGCGAUAUGCAGCACAGAUUUCUGCAGGCGCUCAUGAAUGAAGGCAUCAACGACGGAACCAGCUCGUGAGUUUUUUUUAGUUUCUGACUUGAUAAAGAGUCUAUAAAAAUUAACACCUCUGCACUGUCUGCUUGGAUUGCACAAAAACGCUGAAUGAAAAAAAGAAGGAGUGAGAUCAGGAUGCUCUCCCUCCUCAGUUAAUACGUGUUUUGUUGAUUGCCAGUUCUAGUACUCAAACAUGCAAUUACAGUAGCCUGUGCCACGUCACACAAGUUUCAUUUGAUUAUCAAUAGAUAGACAAGCCCACACACAUUUAAAGAAGGCGAACAUAACAUGGCAAACAAACAGUUUUCGUUCAAUUUCUUCUUCUCAAACGCAAAGCAUUCUUGCCCGCCCGCCCUUUUUCCCACGCACUGAACCACCGCAGAAUGUCUGGAAUUCAUCGAAUAAUGCGGCGUUCGUCGCCGAUUUUCAACAAAAAACAAAAUGAUUCCGUUUUUCCGUGUUUCUCCCUCUCUCUCUCCCUCUCCCUCUCUCCCUUUUCCUCCUUUCCUCUGUUCCAGCCGGAAAAGGAAGGACAACAAUGAUCUGAAUCGGAUUUCGUUACCAGUUUUUGCCAGCAAAAUUUUGGAAAAUUUGAAAUUCAAAUCGGUCUCGACGGCUCGUACGUCGUCCCCCUUUCAUUCAAAAAUCCUCUAUAUUUGUUCGUUUGCCCACAUUUUAUUUGCUUUCUGAAAAGUUUCGCAGAAAAAGAACGGAGAGGAGCGGAGAGCACAAGGAUGAUUUCUUGAGUCAUCCUAUGCGAAAGUGGGCGGAGCCCUGUUCUGAGCUAAUCUGAUCUGGAAUGAGGUUGAACACAAAAGGACACAAUCCCUUCGUCUUCUUCUUUUUUUGCGCCUAAUCCUAAAAUAAUUUGUUUUCUCUUUCUCAUCAUCAUCAUCAUCUUCUUCUUCUUCUUCUUCUUCUUCUUCCAAUUCCGUCCGGCUGGAAUCAUCUCUGGAAAAAGAUGGCGUCGAUUUUCCGCAUUACCGCCUUUUUCGCUCACUUUUUCGCCGACCAUUUGUGACUGAAUUUUAAAGAGAGCACGCACGGAAUGCGGAGAGAGAGAGACAGAAAGAGCACCAACUUUUUAUGGUUUUGAGCACUCGGGCGUUUCCUACUUCUCCAAUUCGGCCCCAAAAACUUUCAAGCGAGUCCAUCCAAUUUAAGAUUUUUAUUUUUAUUUGUCGAGAGAAAAAACCGAAACGAAAACGCUCAUUUUCGAGCGAGCACACCGAAAAUACGCCAGAAUAAUUAUCGGGUUUUAUUCCUCCUCCACCCGUUUAAUUAUGAGAUCUCGCUGCCGUCGAGCAUUCUCCUCAAUUCCACCGCUUCCGUUUUCCCCAUAAUUAGAAGGAGGCCGAAGAAACUCUACACAAAAAUUCGAUCCUUUUUGUCAAAUUUGGCUAUGGUCUCACUUUUAAAGAUCCCGUCAUUUUUUCGGUAAAAAUAGGUAGUGAUGUGUUCACAAAAAGUGAAAUCAUUUGAUCUGAAAACGAAUGAUGAUAAACUGCAAUUAAGAGCACCACCAAUAAAAGGACCGGAAUCGGCCACGAAUGAUUUCAUUUCGAUUGAAAUCACCGAAAUCCCCCAAAAGUUCGGUUCCCUCUGGCUUCAUUUAGUAGCCUAUUUCUGGAGGGCUCCGGGUCGACAACACUCUCAAAUGGCCCGCCGUUUCUGUGUUGAAAUUGGCCUGAUUCCGGCACGCGAGGCGGGGAUUUUCGAGCGAAUGAAUCGUCUCUUCUCGUUGCUCUCCGGAGCAAAACAUUUGGAUUAAAUAUCCAAAAUUGUCUUGCGCUUCUCCGUUUGAAUGUCUGUGCCUCUGCACUUCAUCCAGCCUCUAACUGCCGGAUGCCCCCUCACAAAUUCGCGUACACACCGCUCAUGAAUGCCUAAUGAGAGAAAAGCGAAAAGAGCAGAAGGAGCCGACCCUUGUCCUUUUUCUCCUUAUUCUGUUUUCUUCUUCUUCUUCUUCUUCUUCUUCUCUUCCUCCCCCUUGUCUCUUAGUCUUGACGUCUUCCUCUUUCUCGUACGUAAACUCAAAUCCGUCCAGAAUCCUGGAGAUCGUCACGCCGCCGACCAGUGGCGGCGUCGGACAAGCGCCGCCGAAGAAAAUGAGAAAUAUUCACAAUCUGAUCAUAAAGUAACACAUCCAUUUCAGCCCCUGACCCGUUUGAAUCGACCUAAUCCUGUGAUAUUUCAGAACUGAUGACGCCUUCUUCGAGCUCGACGACGAUGAUUUGUCGGUCGGCAGCUCUCCCGGUUCGCCCACGGAUCCGCCUUCGAUUUCAGUCCCCCUCCCUCCCAAAUCUGCGCCUCCGUUCCCUGUGAAGGUUUUCAGAAAAGGUUGAAAGUGAGUUUCAGUUCCAUACUUUCAGACAACCCCUACAAUAAAUGGAGACAUGUACCCCGGUUCUGAGACUGGCACUCCUGUUAUGCUCUCAAAUGGGUCCCUGACUGCUCCGGCUCGCAGGAUAUCCCCAGCACAUUCUACAGUAUCCGUCAGCCUCGUGAGUCAUUUCCAUUUCCAUUCAUCUUCAUUUCAAUUCAACCUUCAGAUUAAUGAAGCCCGUCUGCAACAGAGUCUCUCGACGCCCUGCAACGGGUCCGAAGAGGACGGAAUCGCCCAGCAACGGAAGGAUUCCGAGUACCGUCGGUUCAAAUCGGAAGGAUCUUCGGCCGGAGCAAGUCUUCCCGCCGCCGAGGGCAGCCACAUGGACGAAUUGUCGCCGGUCGACCAGAGAUCCUCCUCGGGGACCACCCGCUUCGCCCUGAUGCAACAGGAUUCGGUCGUGAAUCCGGCGGUCAUCACGAAGCAAUCGAACACGGAGCAGGUGGCGAUGAUGCACACUCUCAAGACAAAACUGUCCAAGUACCAGGCGUUUAUGGACAGGGCAUUCGAACUUAUAGACAAGAAUGAGGAUGAGAAAAUUAUUGAGGUAGAUGACAUUCUGAACGAAAGUGGAUCAUUUUCGUGAUUUCAGGGAUGCACAAUAUGCAUAAAAGUGAUGAAGAAGUCCUGGACGACUCCGAAAGUGUCCUACGAUCUCGCGAAUGCAAUGUGCGAUUAUCUGCGAGACAGAGAUUAUUUCGAUAAACUGAUUAAGAUGUUUAUAAACACGGGUCCGCCCAAUUCAUGCGACCAGGUAAAGCUGUCCUGCGGGAAAGUUCUGGAAGAAUGUAUGAGCAGUGUCAACCGAGAUUAUGUUGUGAACAAGGUAUUUAAAGAGAAGAGAAUCAGUUCCAGUUUGACGCCGCUUUUCUUUCAGAACUACAUGAAGAAGAUUCUGAUGGCCGCGAUGAAGUUGACGAAGACUCCGGAGCAGCAGAGACUGAGUCUCAGUCUGAUGGAGAGCAUGUUCAAGCACAGCAACGUCGUCUCCUUGAGGUGA